CAGAUAAAGUUACUGUUUCUCUCUGCCCCAUGGUGACUGAAUCAAGUGUCGUUUCUUCCGCUGUGGAGCCCAGUUCAACUGCCUCCUCUUCUGCCCAGUUGGCUCGGAUGAGAGCAGCAGCCCUGUGGAGCUCCGAAGAGGUAGUGAAGUGGCUGAAGAGGUAUGAGUCACGGCUGGCGGACAAGUACGCGGAGGUCUUCCUCGCCCAUGACGUCAACGGGGCCGCUCUCACCAGACUCAACGACAAGACACUCAAGGAGCUGGGCGUGGAUUUGGAAUCGGAGAGGAGUCAAUUGAUGCACCAGAUUUAUAGACUAAAGAUCAAACAGGAGAUAUUUGACCUGCAGAGGGUCAUGUCAACAGUGCAGGAAAAGGAAAACAUGUCUCCCAAGAUAAACAAGUGAAGAUACGAAAGAUCAUGCAGUUGUAGAUUGAACAGAAAUACAUUGCCUUUGGCGUUGUAUAUGUAGCUGGUAAAGUAAUUCAAAUUUCAAAUAGUGCCAAGUUUGAUGAAUUAGUUGUGGCGACAGCCCAGGAAAGGCGAAAUGAUUGGAAAACUGACUGGUUAAAAAAACUCGUUCAGAAAAAAAACUAUGCUUAUUCUGAUCGAACCAAUUAUUUCAAAGAUAUGUACAGGGUAAAUGCAUUUGACAUUUGAUUUGAUUCUCUCGAUAAUUCAUUUAUUUUGAAAUUUAGA